GAGGAGGAGCCAACUCUUCUCCUUUUCGCAUAAAUAGGGAGAGCCCUCCAACCAAUUCCAACGUCUCAAGAGGAAGACAAGCACAAAGAGGAACCAGAGAAAACAAGAGGAAGAAGUUGAAGGCAUGGGUCACCACUCCUGCUGCAACCAACAGAAGGUCAAGAGAGGCCUCUGGUCUCCUGAGGAAGAUGAGAAGCUCAUCAGAUACAUCACCACCCAUGGCUAUGGCUGCUGGAGUGAAGUCCCAGAGAAAGCUGGGCUACAAAGAUGUGGGAAGAGUUGCCGCUUGAGAUGGAUCAAUUACUUGAGGCCUGACAUUAGAAGAGGGAGGUUUACACCAGAGGAGGAGAAGUUAAUUAUCAGCCUCCAUAACAUUGUUGGAAAUAGAUGGGCACACAUAGCAAGCCAUUUACCUGGACGAACCGACAAUGAGAUCAAGAACUAUUGGAAUUCAUGGAUCAAAAAGAAGUUACAAAAGCCUACCACACCUCCAUCAACGAGUCCACAAAGUAUAGAGCUAGUCCAGCCAAGGUUCAACUCUGUUGAUCAAGUGGAUGCCAUCAUCAAUCAAAAUUUAUCAACAAGGCCGGCUCCUGAGAACAGAUUGCACACUCAUUGUCCUAUUUUCAUGUUCGACACCACUGCCGGUGAUAGCCGCCCGGGAAGCAGUGCAAGAGAUGAGCUAGAUGCCACAACCCUAAUUUCCAGCUUGUGGAACCCUAGUCAACUUCAAGACCAAGCACUGUCCCCUCUCCUAAAUUUCUCGUGCAGCAUGGACUCAACCUAUUUGCCACCCUUGGUUGAUGGCAUGGGAAACAUGGUGCCCAUGGAGGCACAACCAUGUUGUGUGGGAGAUGAUGGGGACACAAGUAAAGAGUGCUUUGAGAAGCAAGAGCUGAAUGAAUGGGUGGACUCACAACAGUACUCCAGCCUUCUUAUUUGGGAUCAAAUGCAAGGGUCGCUUGGUGGAGAAGGUCUCCUAACAGCUACAACCAAUAUGGACGGUAUGGUUACUUCAUUUCCUUCGUCUUUGUAAGGGAUCAAAUGAGGUGGACAUCUCUCUCUCUCCUUCUCUCUCUCCAUCUCUAUCUAUAAUAGGAUCUUCAAAGAGAUGGAGAUUAUUUAUUGGUUUGGUGUUGCUUUUUCUUUUCUUUCAAGUGAGGGGUUGUGAAGUUUCAUAAA